UUGUCAUAUCCAUACCUCACUCUUUCUCUCUACUAGUUCCGAGUUUUCUUUUUUACAAGUAUUCCCGGUGCCCACAUGUCUACCUUCAACUUCUCUUUUCCAAUCCUCAAGUCCUCCUGCCCUGUUCGCUCCCUCCACAAGCAAAGCAUCUCCAUUCUCUGGAUCUUGUAGCAUUGUCCAGGAAAGAGGCUAUAGACUGUCACUAUGUCUGUCCCCAUCAAGCGUGAAGGUGAAGGCACCAAGACCGUCUUCACCCUGAACACUGGUGCGAAGAUGCCUGGCGUUGGUCUUGGAACCUGGCAAACCAACUACAACCAAACUCGCGAAGCUGUCAAGGUUGCUCUGCAGUCCGGCUACAGGCACAUUGACACUGCAUAUGAGUAUGGUAACGAGACUGAAGUUGGCGAUGGCAUCAAGGCAUCUGGAGUGCCUCGUGAGGAAAUCUGGGUCACAACCAAACUUGAUAACCCGUGGCACAAGCGCGUCGAGGAAGGCCUCGCCGCUUCGCUGAAGAAUCUUCAGCUCGACUAUGUCGAUCUCUUCCUGGUGCACUGGCCUAGCUCGACUAACCCCGAGGACUCCAGGAAACACUACGAUGACUGGGAUUUCACCGAUACUUGGGCUGAGAUGCAGAAACUCCUCGAGUCCGGCAAAGUUAGGAAUAUCGGCGUGUCUAACUUCGUCAUUUCCAACAUGGAAAAGCUGCUUAACGAUCCCAGGACUAAAGUCGUCCCUGCUGUCAACCAAAUCGAGCUACACCCUAACAUGCCCUCACACAAAACCAUCGAGUACAUGAAGUCCAAAAAUAUCCACUGCACAGGUUACUGUUGUCUGGGUUCGACAGACUCUCCGCUCGCUAAAGACAAGACCUUGCUCAAGAUUGCGGAAGAGGUGGGCAGAACUCCUCAACAGGUCUUGCUGCAAUGGGCACUUGCUCGAGGCACUAGCGUGAUUCCUAAGUCAGUCACUUCUAGCAGGAUCAAGGCCAACUUCGAGCUCGACAACUGGUCUCUUACUACUAAGCAAAUCAAGGCUCUCUCGAGCAUCCCCAAUCGAUACAAGGUCUGUGGUCAAUCAUGGCUGCCAGUCAAGGUCUUUUUCAACGAGGAAGGGGAUGCGCCGGACAAUGUUCCAAGUCAUUAG